AUGACAGCCCUUCGAUCGUGUCUUCCGCGUUGGGAGCACUCCGAACCAAGCGUUGUGAACGAAGUCCGAACCGGAAAAGUUGAGGAUUACAGACCCGGCUAUCCACGUUUUACUGCUCUGCUAUCGGAAUAUGAGCCCUACUUUUUGUGCCGGCGCUUCAGCAAGCUUCGAGCUCGGCUCCUCCUCUUAAAGCAGGACCGGCUGUCUGUGCUCGAGGAGAGGCUUGAACGGGUAGAUCAUGAAGAGUUUUCUCCCCUUUUUCUCGGAAAAAGACGAUGUGAUAAGAAUCCAGAUCGAUUAUCUCUCCUGUCAGAGAUUGAGUCCUGCCUCGCGGAUUAUGACCAGUUUGCCGAGAGCACGUAUAAAAUGCUGAAUUUCGGCCCUGCUCAGGAGAGAGACGUUGAAAGCUUGCAGCAUUGGUUGGACGGCACCGGUUGUUUGGCCCGAGAGGAGAGAAAAUACCUUACCCAUCAUCGUGAGCUGGUGUCCCUAGCUCCCGCAGGCGACAGCGCGAUUGUAGAGCUUGAAGCUUGGGUAGAAACCAAGUUCAUUCGGCUAUGGCGAGAUUUCCGAAAGAAUCAUCUACACAAUAUCUCGAACGAUCCGAACGUAUAUAUUUAUUCCGGCCGGCGGAUCCAACGAACUGCUAAAGCGGUCCUAUUGUUUUUGAUAACGCUUUUACUAUUGAUGCCAGUUAUCAUAUGCAAUUUUGUCGAUACGAUCUCCAUUCGGAUCACCAUUGUCAUGAUUUCCACGAUAUCUUACCUUCUUGUACUCUCUGGCUUAACGAGGGCAAGGACGAUAGAGUUGAUUAUCGCAGGGGCAACAUAUGCUACUGUUCUGAUUGUAUUCGUCUCUGGCACGAGUGCGCAAGGUUGA